AUGGACAGGCGGGGGGCAGCCUAUAUGAGCCGGCCCCAGCGCAUUAAUCGGCUUUCUGUCCUGGCCACCCCGUCGGUGGUGUGGGAACGUCGGGGCCGGAACCCGCAGAGCCGCCGCCCCCGUCCCAUCACCCGCCUGCUUCCCUCCCCUGCUCUCCUCUCCAUUCCCGGUUCUUGCCGUCUAGGCUCCGGGGUCUGGCCAGAGAUGCCGUCGGAGAGCGGGGCUGCGAGCCCGGACGCAGCAGCGGUGGCGGCGGCUGCAGCGGCGCCCCUGGCCCUGGUCACUCCCGCGGCAGCCCCUACCCAUAAGCGAGUGGGUCUCAGCCCGGAGCGUUCCUCCGGAGCCCCACGACGGCGCUUCAGCCGGCUGAGCUGGACACAGGUGCAGAGACUGGACGCCCUGCUGGGCGAGGAGGUCCCUAUCCACGGACGUGGUAACUUCCCCACGCUGACCGUACAGCCCCGCCAAAUCGUGCAGGUGGUCCGGAGCCGCUUGGAGCAGCUGAGGGUCCCGGUCCACAGCGUCCGCCUCAAUGGCUCCGCUGCCAGCCACGUCCUCCACCCAGACAACGGCCUGGGCUACAAGGAUGUGGACCUCAUCUUCCGAGUGGAUCUACAGGACGAGGCUGCCUUCCAGCUGGUGCGAGACGCGGUUCUGGCCUGCCUCCUGGACCUCCUUCCAGCCGGCGUGAACCGGGCCAAGAUCACACCCCAGACCCUGACAGAGGCCUAUGUGCAAAAGCUGGUCAAAGUGUGCACGGACACAGACCGCUGGAGCCUUAUCUCCCUGUCCAACAACAGCGGCAAAAACGUAGAGCUGAAGUUUGUGGACCGCCUGAGGCGCCAGUUUGAGUUCAGCGUGGACUCCUUCCAGAUCAUCCUGGACUCUAUGCUUUUGUAUGGCCAGUGCUCAUCCACCCCCAUGUCUCAGGCCUUCCACCCCACAGUGAUGGGCGAGAGCCUGUAUGGGGACUUCGACGAGGCACUGGAGCACCUACGGCAGCGGCUGAUAGCCACCCGCAAUCCCGAGGAGAUCCGAGGCGGGGGCCUGCUCAAGUACUGCCACCUCCUGGUGCGUGGCUUCCGGCCUUGCCCUGGCACUGAUGCCCAGGCCCUCCAGCGCUACAUGUGCUCGCGCUUCUUCAUCGACUUCCCAGACUUGGGUGAGCAGAGGCGUAAGCUGGAGCGCUAUCUGCAAGCCCACUUUGGUGGGGGCGCCGGCCCCGCCUGCUAUGCCUGCCUGGUGACCCUGCACCGGGUGGUGAACGAGAGCACUGUCUGCCUCAUGGGCCAUGAGCGGCGCCAGACGCUGGACCUCAUUGCCAUGUUGGCCUUGCGGGCGCUGGCUGAGCAGGGCCUUGUGGGUGGCACUGCCCUGGCCUGGCACUACCAACCUACUUCCUACCCUGGAAGUGAUGGAGCAACCCCUGCCCUCAACUACUAUGUGACCCCCCUCCAGCCUCUGCUGGCGUGUGGCCACUCCUCCUACCCAACCUGGCUGCCUUGUAGCUGAGCUGAGAGGGGUUGGGGGAGUGGGGUUCCCCAUCCUCACCCCUGGGACCUGAGCCAGCUAGGGGAAACACCGAUCUGUCCCCAUCCACAUCAGGCCCUGGCACUGUUAGAUGCUGCUUACCUAUUUGCUGUUGGGGUGAGGGUGGGGGCAUGGUUUAGGGUGUCUAAGGGGUUGGUACUGAUCAAGCCCAGCCUAGAAGGGGCAACAGGGGCCACAGCCCUGGGUGGGUGAGGGAGGCCAGUCUAGUCUUUUUUUAAUGGUCUUAGCAAAGCUACCCCAGUCAGGACCCCAUUCUUCCAGCUAUGGCUGAAAACCCCUGCCAGCCAGGCUCCCUGUCCUCCAUAAGAACAGGCUCUGAAAGGGCCACCUCCCUGCUUGGGUGUGCUUUGGUAGGCAGCUUAAGACUGUUCAAAGCCAAGCCUGAGGAACAAGGCGGGGAGGGUGGCAGCAGAUAUGGGACUGAUGUUUGUGUGUGUGUGUGUGUGUGUGUGUGUGUGUGUGGCCAGAAUAAGGUGUGACUAUGGGGGGCAGGGAGGGGAAGAAAUUUCCUGUACAGCAACCUGGCCAUGUUUGAACAAUGGCACAUGGGGGGAUUUCUGUAUAACCUUCCCCGGGGCCACUCUGCUGCAUGGCCUUGAUGAGGGCCUGUCACUGCCUAUGGGUGUGUGUCAGGUGGGCCAAGACUGGCCAAGACUGAAAAGAAGGAACUUUAAGACAUUUUGGGGGGCAAGGAGGCAUGGGGAGCCAGCUAUCUGGACAUAUACAGUGAAGAGAUUUGCCAUUUUGGCUUUCUGGAACUUGUUUAGGCGUGGGGGCUUGGGACACACAGAGGGCAUGAUGCCAGCCCAACCUGGACAGGCUUAGCUCCAGGCCUUGGAGACCAAUACCAAAUGCCCCAUGACACCUGCACAACCAACCUGGAUUUCCUCCUCCCCAAAUGCUCCCCUCAAGGAAGACCUGACCUUAGGGAAACUGGAUAGAGAUCUGGCCUUAGAAAGAGAAGGGUUAUUAACAGGCUAGGAGAGGUCAGGGCAGCUAGGUGCCACAGUGACAGAUCUGCAGUCAGAAGGACCUGAGUUCAAAUCCUGCCUGUGUGA